AUGCGCCGACUCACUCGACCUCGGUCCAUCCCACGGCCACUCUUCGCUCGAGCACACCAGAGCACUCUGACCCAGGCCAGGACCGUCGGGCCAAAGCAGCCUCCGCUACUCGAAGAAACCGUCGGCGAGAACUUUGCCCGCAUAGUAUCGAACCAUGGAGAUCGACCGGCUGUCAUCUCUAGACACCAGAACAAGCGGGUAACAUACCAUGAGCUGGACCUGAACAGCAAUGUGCUCGCAAAAGGCCUGCAAAGCCUCGGUGUGAAGAAAGGCGACCGAGUUUGCGUACAUUUGGGCAACAAUCUCGAGUUCGCCACAAUCACAUAUGCUUUGUUCAAGCUUGGAGCUAUCCUGGUGCCGCUGAAUCCGGCAUUCAACGCAACGCAGAUUGCCUCGGCCCUCAACCACCUGACCGCGACACAUUUGGUGAUAGGUGCGGAGACAAAUCUGCCAUUUAAGGCUCCAAGGUCGAACAUCCCGAUUUUGGAAGCUCUCGUACCGGAUUUGACGGCAUCGAGGCUGGCAUCUUCUGCAAUUCCGUCCUUACAGUCCGUCAUAUUGCUGGACAACUCAGCCAAACGCGUGGACACGUCUUCGCUAAGAGCACUGACACCCUGGCACACGAUCGCUCAUGACACGUCCACGUCUGCUCCGACGCCAUCUGAACUUCUAAAGAAUUCAGACAUCGUGAAUAUACAGUUCACCUCUGGCACGACUUCAACGCCCAAAGCUGCUUGUCUUUCACAUCGAUCGAUUCUGAAUAAUGGCAACUCAAUUGGUGACCGAAUGUUACUCACGCCUUCCGACGUCGUAGUUUGUCCACCACCACUAUUCCACUGCUUUGGCUGCAUACUCGGCUACAUGGCAACUGCUACUCACGGCUCAGCCAUAGUCUUCCCAACAGAAGCAUUCAAUCCGCUGGCCUCACUGAAAGCUGUGCAAGAAGAGAAGGGCACCGCUCUGUAUGGAGUGCCAACAAUGUUCUUGGCCUGUCUCGACUUGAUUGCAGAUGGUACCGUGCCUCACGAGGGUUUCCAAUACUUGCGUACUGGUAUUGCUGCUGGUUCGUCUGUGCCAGCCGAGUUGAUGCGGAAGCUGCACAAGGUCCUCAAUCUGACAGAGCUGACGAUCUGCUAUGGUAUGACCGAGACAAGUCCAGUGUCUUGUAUGACCACGACGGACGAUCCUCUCGAGAAGCGUAUCAGUACCGUCGGUCGCCUCUUGCCACAUGUGGAAGCCAAAGUGGUGGAUCCGUUCGAUCACAACCGCAUUCUUAACAUCGGUGAGCGUGGUGAGCUCGCCGUGAACGGCUACCUUGUCAUGAAGGAGUAUUGGGCUCAGCCAGACAAAACCGAUGAAGCCAUGCUCACAGAUGAACAGGGCAAGAUUUGGAUGCAUACAGGCGACGAAGCUAUCAUGGACGCUGAAGGCUAUGUCUCCAUCACGGGCCGGAUCAAGGACUUGAUCAUUCGUGGCGGUGAGAACAUACAUCCGCUUGAGAUCGAAAAUUGCCUGUACGGAAACCCGAAAGUUGGCGAUGUGAGUGUCGUGGGCUUGCCAGACGAGAAGUACGGAGAAGUCGUUGCUGCAUUCAUGAUACAAAGGAAAGGCGAAAACCUUACGACUGAAGACGUGAGAAGUUGGGUAAGAGAGAAGUUGAGUCAUCAUCUGGUGCCGAAAUAUGUCUUCUGGGUGGACGAAUACCCCAAGACGGCAAGUGGGAAAAUCCAGAAGUUCUUGCUGAGAGCAGAAGGCUCGAAGCUGAUCACUGAGGGCAAGGGCACCUAG